AUGGACUAUCUGGACUUCGCUGCGUCUGUCAACAACCAGGGGGUUACCGCCUUGCUUCUCGGAGACCGCAUAGGUGCGUUUGGUUUCUUUAAGGGUGCAUGGGAAGCAUUGAGCGAUGGGAUUGCCUAUUGCGGGUUUCUUCCCAAUGACAAAGUGGAUCCAAGCAUCAACAAGGCUCUCCGAGUGUCCGAUGUGCCGUUUGUACCUGUGUCAACGGCUGCUUUUGAAGGGGCUGCUGUUCGGCAAGGGGAAGCCGCGAGUUUCACCUUUCAAAAGCCCUUUGCGUUUAACACGGGGCUUGAGCUCGUUGAAGAGCACCGAGAGAUCUACAAGGCUGUGAUUCUUCUCAACCUUGCAAUGCUCUAUCACAAAGAGUCUGGCCUUAAUGACAUCUAUGAAAAGACAGCUCUUGAGCUAUAUGGUUACAGCUUGGAGGUUCUCAAAUGCGCCGUCCACCUGGAUUGCUCCAAUGUCUUGAUCGCUACGUUGAACAACAAGGCUCAGAUCUUCUUUCAGCGUCAUGAAGUCGAGCGUACCACGGAAUCUCUCGAGAAGCUUAGCCAGAGCCUCGGGAAUGCUCUGAGGGAGGGUUUCAAAGGUCUGGAAGAUGCUGAUAUUGAUGGGUUGCUCUUGAACGUCCACUGCCAGAGGGCGCUUGUCUGUGCUCCAGGGGCAUGA